AUAACUUUUGAUUGCCUUCUCCCGACCGUGCGUUAGCACGGUGCUUCAAAUUCUCGAGCGAUAUCCGCGAGAUUGAUCGCGCGUCGACCACGUCCAGGUCCUGCCAAGUAGGAUGAAAUUCGCGGAACAUUUGAGUGCUCAUAUCACGCCAGAAUGGAGAAAGCAAUAUAUAAAUUACGAGGAAAUGAAGGCUUUGCUGUAUGCCGCGGUCGAGCAAGCCCCUGCCGCGGACGCGACAGAGCCCCACGUUCUCGAGAGAUACUUCAGCAAAUUUGACGAAAAAUUCUUUCAUUACUGUGACAAAGAGUUGACCAAAAUUAAUACGUUUUACUCAGAAAAGCUGGCGGAAGCAACCCGGAGGUUUGCGAAUCUCAGCAGUGAAUUAAGCGAAGUCCAAGCUGCCUCCGAAAUGCCUCGGUCAGGGAAAGCUGGAUACAAGGGAAGAAUUCUGCACAAAAAGCCCGUCUCGGCGCGCAAGUUACAAGAGCUCAAGCUGGCCUUUUCCGAGUUCUAUCUCUCCUUGAUAUUGCUCCAAAAUUACCAAAAUCUCAAUUUUACAGGGUUUAGAAAAAUUCUAAAGAAGCACGACAAAUUAUUAAAUAUAGACAUAGGCGCUAAAUGGAGGGCGGAGCACGUGGAGACGGCAUUAUUCCACACCCGGAAAGACAUAGAUAGGCUCAUUUCGGAAACCGAGGCCGUAUUCACCCGCGAUUUGGAACACGGGGACCGCCAAAGGGCCAUGAAGAGACUCCGCGUCCCUCCUCUGGGAGAGCAGCUCUCUCCGUGGAUGACUUUCAAAGUAGGCCUUUUUUCUGGCGCGUUUAUUGUGCUCCUCGUAACCGUCGUUCUCUCGGGUGUGUACUACAAAAACAGAAACGACUGGAGGGUGCUGUGCCGACUUUACAGAGGCCCGCUCCUUAUGAUACAGUUCUUCUUUUUGAUCGGUAUUAACGUUUAUGGAUGGAGGUCUUCCGGCGUCAACCACGUCCUGAUAUUUGAGCUUGACCCCCGGAAUCACUUAUCGGAACAGCACAUAAUAGAGAUGGCGAGCGUGUUCGGAUUGGUAUGGUCUCUAUCGAUCCUCGGCUUCUUGUACAGCGAGACUUUAGGAGUACCUCCCUUCGCGCAACCGGUGAUAUUCUACACGCUGGUAGCGCUGUUUCUGUUCAACCCGACGAGGACCCUGAAACACGAGGCCAGAUUUUGGGCCCUCAGCGUCCUGGGGCGGAUUUUCUGCGCGCCCUUUUUCUACGUCAAUUUUGCCGACUUUUGGGUCGCCGACCAACUGAAUUCUCUUCAUACAGUGUUCUUGGACCUCCAGUACUUCGUCUGCUUUUACAUUAAGAAUUCGUCCUGGACCGAGGUCAACGAUGUGGAGUCCUGUAUAAUACACGAACACUCCAUGAGGCCGUUUGUGGCGUGUCUGCCAGCAUGGUUUCGUUUUGCACAAUGUCUGAGGCGAUAUCGAGACACAAAGGAGUCCUUCCCCCACCUGAUAAACGCCGCAAAAUACGCGACGAGCUUCUUCGUCGUCGUCUUCUCGUACCUGAACCUCACUUACGCCAAGAAUUACGAGGUGUCUACAGAAAACCCAUACUUUUAUCUCUGGCUGAUGGCGAGUAUCGUAAGCUCUUGUUUCGCGUACACUUGGGACGUAAAGCUCGAUUGGGGUCUCUUCGACGCCCACAUAGGAGAGAAUAAAUUUCUGCGCGAAGAAAUCGUUUAUUCUUCCCCGUAUUACUAUUAUUUCGCGAUCGUCGAGGAUUUCAUCCUGCGGUUCGGAUGGGCCUUCUCCUUAUCUCUCACAGAAAUGGGAUAUGUUCACGCGGAUUUAAUGGUCUCUAUUGUGGCGCCAUUAGAAGUGUUCAGGCGUUUUAUGUGGAACUUCUUUCGCCUGGAGAACGAACAUUUAAACAAUUGCGGUAAAUUCAGAGCAGUUCGCGACAUUUCGGUCGCUCCGGUCGACAGUUCCGACCAGAUUCAAAUUCUGAGGAUGAUGGACGCACCAGAUGGAGUUAUCAAUCGAAGGAAGAAGCAGAAGGAAAAGGAUAAACGUAGACCAAAUAGGCUUCUCCUAGAAGGAGAAGCACUGAUAGACGACUUUGAGAAUUAAAUAAAAAAAAUAGCAGAAUAGUCAAGACCAAAGGUGGAAGAAAGUUGCACAGGGUCGCCCCGGAAAGACACGAAGAUGUACUCUCACUCGUGGCCUAAGGACCCGGUUUUUGUCAAGAUACUUUAUCGAGUUGACUUUGUCAUUACUAGAUUUACAGAUGUUAAUGUUUGUGAUUACAUGUGCGCUUCAUCGGAGCAAUCUUAUCGUUCUAGUAACACGACCGAAGCGUUAUUCACUCACGAUAUCACACGUUUAGAUGCUGAAAAUCAGCUCGAAACAAUUGAUUAUUAAAUAAUAUAGCACGUUGGAAUUGUUCGAAACAAUUGGCAACGAUAAAACUUGUAAAGAAUCAUUUGUUAUCGUUCGGUACGGGAGAAAUCGCAAGUAGAAUAUCAGAAAUCAGAGGAAAUCGUUAUUAAUCGCAGAAAUGACGCCGUGGACAUUUUAAUCUCAAAAGUCAUUAUUGAAUUUCAUUGUUUGUCACGUGAAAUCAAUGGUAAUCGAUUCUUGAAGAAGGUAAUCGAAUUGCCUAACUUCCGAGUGAAUAGCCCCUCGAAUACGACGCUUCUUCGCAUUUACAUAGGAAAUAGUUAAUUAGCUCGUCCCUGAUGAACGAUCAAAUGACAAAUCAAAAGGCGAACAAACCUGCUCUAGUCAUACUUGAACUCUAAACUGUACUUUCUGUGCAAGACACAUCGAAUGUAAAUAUUUAAAUCUCGACGCUACUGCGGAUUCAUUAUGGCUGUAUUAUAUUUCUAAGGUGUUCGGGCCAUACUGAGAAAAAAAGAAUUCAUUGAGCCAAAGAAAUAUUUCUAAUAACAGUACCAGUAUUUCGUUAAAAGAAAGAAUAAUUAUUUGACUCAAAUAAAUUGUCAUAAUUCCGAAGGAACGUUGCAUCCGAUUUAUGGGAGUUUAUUCGAGCCAAGUAAUUAUCUUUUGAAUUAACAAAAUAUAUUCUUUGGUACUAUUCAAAGAAAUAUUUCUUUGGUUCAAUGAAAUUUUUCUCUCAGUGCAGCUUUUGUCCCGCGAUAUCUCGUGAUACCGUAUAUAAUUUCGAGUAUAUUAUUUUUCUACGACAUCGUUAGCUGUAAUCAGCCCCUAGACCUUGGAGGAGGUCGGAUGCAAAGGGUGCAUAAAAUAAAGGAAAAAUCCCGCACCAGGUGCAUCCGCCUCGGUUCCGAAAUAUGACUCGCGUGUAUCCGUUCAAGCAUCCAUUAAGAGAAUCUAUUCAUGUUGAAUAAAAAAAAUGGAAAAAGAAUUAUUUAAGCAGGGAAUUCGAUAAAUCUGAGUCCCUUCCCCCGCUAAGUGAAACUCAAGGAAAGGGCCAAUUACCUCGAUUUUUCAUCGUUUCGCGUAAACAGACGCAGGCGGUUUAGCGCACGCGCGACUCAGCACCAAGUACAACCUAACGUUAUCCACGUUGAAUAAAAAUAUAAAAAGGAAUAAGUGAGACAGAGAAUUAUAAAAAUCUUCCUCGCGAAGUGACGAAUCUUGAGAGGGGAUCGUCCAA